UCUCGCUCACGCUCACACCGCCUGUGAGACGGACCCCCCUCAUCAUACAUCUAUGCUCCAACUCUAUAUGUCUAUGUCCAUUGUCUCUACUACCUCUCUCUCUGUCUCUCUUAGCUUACUCCACGCCAUUAUAAGGGAUGCUAGUGUUUCUACAAUGGCAAUAUCUUUCCUCAAAGUUAUUCAUCCUCUCUUUGAUCCCAGAAAAAAAAACUUGCUUGUUCACAAAGUAUUUGUUUAUUUUUCUCUUUUAUCUCUAAGAGAUGAUGAAGAGGAGAUACUAGCAAAAUGGGCUAUAAUGGCGUGGAGUACGUUUUUCAGUCGAGCCAUCUACGUAGCUAUAGUUUCUCAAGCACCGCCUUGUUUGAUAGGACGGACAGAGUGCUCAAUCCGUAGCUUGGUCCAGUGUUUGUCCAGUGUUCUAAGGAAGUGAGUCCCUCUUUUAAGUUAUUCCAGUUGUCAUCUUGUCAGAGAAGAUUCGUACGCCUGUGGAUGUAAACUUCGUACAAGCUACGGACUACCGUGUGCGCACGACCUUUCAAUAUACGUAAAUGAUAGUCAACCUAUACCACUUGCUUCAAUCGAUGCAUUCUGGAAGAAACUUGAACUAUCGCCAUGUGUUUCUCUUAGAGAUGAUGACAUCGAUUGUACUAUUGAGCUACAAACAUUUGCAGAACAAUUUAAGCGUCACUCACGACCAGGAAAGUUCAGUCUACUACGGAAGAUCAGGGAGAUAAUUAAACCCUCAACUACUAUCGUACAAGAUCCAGUUGUUUUGAAAAGUACACGUGGACGUCCCUCUUCUAAGAAAAAAGCAGAAUUACAUACUCAUUGUAAUCCUAUCACACCCGACUCCGUAGAACACGAUUUUCUUCAAUCAUACCAACAAAGUAGACACAGUAUUUCAAUGGGACGUCAAUCCUCGAAGAAAAAGGCAGGUAAAGUAACUCAUACAGAACCAGGGAGACACAGUUGCUCAUCCCUCUACGGUACUCCACCACUCCCUACACAAAGGAGUUCCAGAUCAAGUAACGUUACGCAUGAACAUAUUUAUGUUCAUCAGUUUCCCCCAAUAUUACAUCCUUACAUUGGGUCUGUACAAGAUGUAAUACCUGAUGGAAAUUGCGGCUUUCGGACAAUAGCUGUUUGUCUUGGUUUUGGCGAACAUGCAUGGGAUACUGUCCGUCGUGACUUGAUAGGUGAGUUGAGCGCAUUCUGGCAUGAAUAUGUUGCAAUGUUUGGUAGUGAAGAGCAUGCAUUGGGUGUUCACAACUCACUGAACUUCUUUGAACUAGAUAGAGCAGCACCAGUUCAGCAUUGGAUGACAAUGCCAAACAUGGGUCUCUUGAUUGCUUCGAGGUACAAUGUCAUACUACACGUUCUUAGUUUUGCACAGAGCUUCACGUAUUUACCACUGCGAUCAACUCCCCCACCGCAGUAUCAGCAUGUAGCUAUCGCUAUCGGACACGUUAAUAAUAAUCACUACGUCCAGGUUUCCUUAGCUGGGGGUUACCCAAUGCCUACCAUUAUGCCUCAGUGGAAUUACUUCAGGUAUGAGUGCGCAGCUGCAUGGGUUUUACCAUAUAUGGAACAACUUGAUGUAUACAUGCAGCAUACUCGUUCUAGGUUUCCUCCUGAAACUAUUGUGGUAGAAAAUUAGUAAUGUAAC